AUGGAAACCAAUGAUAUCACAUUAAAAAAUGAUGAGUGCCACUCGUAUACAGUCGAUAUCCUGUAUGGUCCGACCAAAGUCUGUGAGGUCCUGAAACACCGGACGACAAGGGUCGAACAUAUCAAAGAGAAACUGGAAAAACUUGGAUUUAUCGUGAACCUUAGGCGAACGAUGGACUACGAGAUGGUAAUAUUCGCGUUCGAAGGCCAUACAGUUUUCUCGUGCCGGGCAACUAACCUGUCGGUUUUGGGUUGUUCUAGCAAUGACUUCACGACAUACAAGCUAAUUAGCUUGAUGUUGGCCGAACGCAAUCACGCCCAGGGAAAUCAUUGUGUAAUACAAAAAAGUUAA